GGUUGGUCGGAGGGCGGGGUCGCGUCUGCUGCAGCAACAGGGUGCGGUCGGGUUGGGGGCGCCAGCGCACCUUCCAGUUAGCUGGGUGCCCGAGCUGCCCCUGCCUCAUUCUAGGGCUCUGGGCGCCUCCGCGCGCGCUUCCCAAGACCCCCCAGUAAGGUUGCUACCCGCGUAGCGGAAGCCGCAGCUUCAAUUAUGUUUUUCACUUGUGGCCCAAAUGAGGCCAUGGUGGUCUCCGGGUUCUGCAGGAGCCCCCCAGUCAUGGUGGCUGGGGGCCGAGUUUUUGUCCUGCCCUGCAUCCAACAAAUCCAGAGGAUCUCUCUCAACACACUGACCCUCAAUGUCAAGAGUGAGAAGGUCUAUACCCGCCAUGGGGUCCCCAUCUCAGUCACGGGCAUUGCCCAGGUGAAAAUCCAGGGCCAGAACAAGGAGAUGCUGGCAGCCGCCUGCCAGAUGUUCCUGGGGAAGACAGAGGCCGAGAUUGCCCACAUUGCCCUGGAGACGCUGGAGGGCCACCAGAGGGCAAUCAUGGCCCACAUGACUGUGGAGGAGAUCUAUAAGGACAGACAGAAAUUCUCAGAGCAAGUUUUCAAAGUGGCCUCCUCAGAUCUGGUCAACAUGGGCAUCAGCGUGGUUAGCUACACCUUGAAGGACAUUCAUGAUGACCAGGACUACUUGCACUCUUUGGGGAAGGCUCGUACAGCGCAAGUCCAGAAGGAUGCUCGGAUUGGGGAAGCAGAGGCCAAAAGAGAUGCCGGGAUACGGGAGGCUAAGGCCAAGCAGGAGAAGGUGUCUGCCCAGUGUCUUAGUGAAAUAGAGAUGGCCAAGGCACAGAGAGACUAUGAGCUGAAGAAGGCCACCUAUGACAUCGAGGUCAACACCCGCCGAGCACAGGCUGACCUAGCCUAUCAGCUACAGGUGGCCAAGACCAAGCAGCAGAUCGAGGAGCAGCGGGUGCAGGUGCAGGUGGUGGAGCGCGCCCAGCAGGUGGCAGUGCAGGAGCAGGAAAUCGCCCGGCGAGAGAAGGAGCUGGAGGCCCGCGUGCGCAAGCCUGCGGAGGCUGAGCGCUACCGGCUUGAACGCUUGGCGGAAGCAGAGAAGGCCCAGCUGAUCAUGCAGGCAGAGGCCGAAGCUGAGUCUGUGAGGAUGCGUGGGGAAGCGGAGGCCUUUGCCAUAGCGGCGCGCGCCCGUGCCGAGGCUGAGCAAAUGGCUAAGAAGGCAGAAGCCUUCCAGAUGUACCAGGAGGCUGCCCAGCUGGACAUGCUGCUAGAGAAGCUGCCCCAGGUGGCAGAAGAGAUCAGUGGUCCCCUGACCUCAGCCAAUAAGAUCACGCUGGUAUCUAGUGGAAGUGGAACAAUGGGGGCAGCCAAAGUGACUGGGGAAGUCCUGGACAUCCUAAGCCGCUUGCCAGAGAGUGUGGAGAGACUCACAGGCGUCAGCAUCUCCCAGGUGAAUCACAAGCCUUUGCGGACAGCGUGAGCCAUCAGCCAGCCGCAGUGGUCAUUGCAUGCACCUCUCCUGAUCCUGAGCAUGCCUUCUGGCAGAGGUGCACCAUAUCUCCUUGCCAAAGUCUGUGCCUUGCCUUGGAGGGGUCUGCUUCCUUCUCAGCCCAUUGCCAGUGCCCAGAUUUUCAAAAUCUGGUGUCUGGCACCAGAUUUUACAGACCCCACUUAAGCCCAUCCCAACUAUUUAACUUCCUGAAUAAACUAGACUGUGUGAACCUGU